UUCAAUUCUCUGCCAAUUCUCCGUGGUUACGUCUGCGUUUGGUGAGAGAGAGAGAGAGAUCAGCUGAUAGGUGAGUCAAUCAGUGUUUUGACUGGUUUGGGCUUCUGAAGAGUUUCGUUUCCAUUCGAUCUGUGGCAACUAAGAUGAGGUAGUGUUCGCAGAAAACAUUUUUGUUCACAAGGAGAGUGCAAUAUUCGGCUUCUGAUUGAGCAGAUGGGUGUGAAGUUCAUUUUGUUGGCAAUCUUCCUGUUGGAAACUGUCCCUCUGCUGGUGAAUUCAGAACCAGUUGAAGAUAAGCAAGCGUUGCUUGAUUUCGUGCAGAACAUUUUCCACGGGCGCCCUAUCAACUGGGACGCGAAUUCUUCUGUCUGCAGUAACUGGACUGGGGUGACCUGUGACGCUGAUAAUUUGAGAGUGAUCGCUGUUCGAUUACCUGGAUUUGGAUUUCUCGGCCCGAUCCCAUCGAACACACUUAGCCGGUUAUCGGCACUUGAGAUCUUGAGUCUAAGAUCCAAUGCCAUAUCAGGUCCUAUCCCUUCUGAUUUUUCCAACCUUGGAAACUUGACUGCUCUUUAUCUUCAGUCCAAUGACUUUGUUGGCCCCUUGCCUUUGGAUUUCACUGUUUGGAACAAUCUGGCAAUCAUUAAUUUAUCCAACAAUGGGUUUAAUGGAAGUAUCCCAUCCUCAAUUGGGAAUUUAACUCACCUCGCAGCCCUCUAUCUUGCGAACAACUCACUUUCUGGUGAAAUCCCCUACUUGAAUCUCCCUACCCUGCAAGCUAUAGAUCUAUCCAACAAUGAUCUCACUGGUACUGUUCCUAGAUCUCUUCAGAGAUUUCCAAGUUGGGCAUUCUUAGGUAACAACCUUACAGCUGAUAAUCCGGUCCCUCCACUUCCUCCGACCGGUGCUCAACCAUCAAACAAAUCCGCUAAACUUAGUGAAUCCGCAAUACUGGGAAUCGUCAUUGGUGGUUCUGCUCUCGGGUUUGGGCUAAUUGCUAUUUUGAUGGUUGUUUGUUACUCAGGCAAAGAGGGUGAUAAUGGGGUCGCAGCCAAGCCGAAGAAGAAAGAAGGGCCUGUAAAGAAAGCGGUUUCUAGGAACCAAGAUGCAAGUGAAAGUCUUGUAUUUUUUGAGGGCUGUAGUCAUGCGUUUGACCUGGAAGAUUUGUUGAGGGCUUCUGCUGAGGUCCUUGGGAAGGGGACAUUUGGGACAACGUAUAAGGCAUCCUUGGAAGACACAAUGACGGUAGUGGUGAAGAGGUUGAAGGAAGUGAGUGUGGCAAAGCGAGAGUUUGAGCAGGAGAUGGAAGUUGUUGCAAAGAUUAGGCAUCAAAAUGUAGCUGCAUUGAAAGCAUAUUACUAUUCCAAGGAUGAAAAGCUCAUGGUGUAUGACUACUUUAGUCAGGGAAGCAUAUCCUCCCUGUUACACGCUAAAAGAGGUGAUCGAGAUCGAACUCCUCUUGACUGGGAAACCCGACUAAGAAUAGCAAUCGGUGCAGCCAGAGGCAUUGCUCAUAUCCACACCCAAAAGGACGGGAAGCUUGUUCACGGAAACAUAAAAUCGUCCAAUAUUUUCCUGAACUCGCAACAAUACGGUUGCGUGUCUGAUCUCGGUUUGGCGACACUGACAAGCCCAAUGACCCCAGCAGCCAUGCGAAAUACAGGGUACAGGGCCCCAGAAGUCACUGACCCCCGAAAACUAUCCCAGCCGUCCGAUGUCUACAGUUAUGGAGUCAUACUGCUGGAGCUUCUCACUGCGAAGUCUCCUAUCCAAGCCAUGGGGGGUGAUGAGGUGGUGCACUUGGUGAGAUGGGUUCAUUCUGUGGUCAGAGAGGAGUGGACCUCUGAAGUAUUUGACAUCGAGCUGCUGAGGUAUCCCAACAUAGAGGAAGAAAUGGUGGAAAUGUUACAAAUAGGGUUGGCUUGUGCAUCUAGGAUGCCAGAGCAGAGACCUAAAAUGUCAGAUGUGGUGAGAAGGGUGGAGGACAUCAGGCGUGUUAAUACUGGGAACCGCCCAUCGCUCGAGACUCCAUCGGAAGGUUCGACGCCAAUAGUGACAGCAUCGAUAGUGACUGAAGCUGGAUCCUCUUCUGUUCACAAGUGAAUAAUAUUGUUUGGGGAAAUUAGGUGAAGGGAAUCUUUAGGGGGUUCAAUGAAUUGGCAUGUGUUCUGUUCUUUACGUGACUGUGAUUAGUUUCUUAUUUUACGUGAUCCAAACUGUCAUUCAAAUUUAGGUUGGUUUUCUGUAAUUUUUUCGACCCCGGGAUGGGGUCUGUGUUAUUUUCAGCAUGUCCUAUGGAGAACAAUGUAACAAACUCAAUUCAAGUCAAAAUUGUGUGGUGCUCGACUUGAAUGGUUUCUUAAUAAAUCAAAAGCAAUUUAGUUUGUUA